AUCUUCCAGCACAGCAGCCGUGACGAUACAUUGCAAGCAUGGCCGGGGACAGCGAAACGCACCUAAGGGACCGCGGCGAAAGCACCGACGUUAUUCGACAACCUUUCCUCAUCGGUGUCUCCGGAGGCACCGCUAGCGGCAAGUCAUCUGUGUGUGAGAAGAUCAUGGAGCUGCUGGGCCAAAACAAGAUCGACCACCACCAGCGGCAGGUGGUGAUCCUCAGCCAGGACAGCUUCUACAAGGUGCUAACUGCAGAACAAAAGGCCAAAGCACAGAAGGGCCAGUUCAACUUUGAUCACCCAGAUGCCUUUGACAAUGAGCUGAUAAAGCAAACACUCAGGCAAAUCCUGCAGGGCGAGACUGUCCAGAUUCCGGUUUAUGACUUUGUCACUCAUUCCAGAAAAGUGGAGUUUAUUACGGUGUAUCCGGCAGAUGUGGUCCUGUUUGAGGGCAUCCUCAUGUUCUACUCGCAGGAAAUUCGAGAUUUGUUCCAGAUGAAGCUGUUUGUGGACACAGAUCCAGAUACGAGACUCUCGCGCAGAGUUCUUCGAGACAUUGGUGAGCGUGGGAGAGAGCUGGAACAAGUGCUGGCUCAAUACAUCACUUUUGUGAAACCGGCCUUCGAGGAGUUCUGUUUACCAACAAAGAAGUAUGCAGAUGUGAUUAUUCCACGAGGAGCAGAUAACCUUGUGGCCAUCAACUUGAUAGUACAGCACAUCCAAGACAUUCUGAACGGCGGACCAAGCAAGCGUCACAACGGCUGCACCAACGGCCACAGUACCCCACGUCAGCGGCGGACCUCUGAGUCCAGCAGCCGGCCUCAUUGACCUCGUCACACCUCUCUUCACAGGCCGGAGAGGGGUGCAGAGAGGUUACGCUGUAAAUAAUGCCUCUUGGCAUUCCCGUAUUUAAGCGAGGGAGGGAAAUGCAAAAAAUAUUUGAAAUGCCUUUUUAUUAUGACUACACUAUUGGGUACUUCGUUAGUUAUUAAACUUGAUUUAGUUUUUUUUCUUUUUUUUUUUUUCUUUCCCAGUUUAAAAGAAAAGUGAGACCAUGGGUUUAAAAUUGACCCCACCCAUUUUCCUCCCAAAUUGCAUUUUGUGUUUAUGUAUCCCCUGCUGCUCCAUGGUAAAUCAUGCCGCCUAUGAAUAAAAGAGGGGAGCCUUUUCUUUAUUGCAAUAUCUGAUAAAACUUGAAACCCUCUAAUUGCAGGAGAGACUGAAUCAUGUUUGGUUGGGUUCUAAAGGAGAGGAUGUGAAAUACAACACAAGUUAAAGAAACUGAUUGGACGCCUCUAUUAGUACUGACAAUCUGUCGAGUGUUACCAACCCUAAUUUUAUUUAUUUUUUGGGGGACGUUCGAGUUCCUUUUUUAUUGUCUGUUGGGAAUCUAAAAGUUCUGUUUUCUACAAAAAAAAAAACUAUAGUGUCUGCUGCUGUGUGACAUGCUACAUGAUUCUUCAGUACUGAUUGUCACUGCAGAAUGAGACAACAACAUCAAUGAAGCCAAAGGCUGGGAGGUUCAGCUGACCAACGUAUUUACCCAGUCUACUGUUGAUGGUGUUAUUACAUUUGGAUAACUACAAAGCUGGUGACUGUCCCGAUUAAAACUUAUUUAUACAGGCAGUAUUUUGUUAAGUUAUUAAGCAAUGCUCAUUCUAAUUUGGAUAUUUGUUUUUCUUAAAUAUUCCUAUAUUUUUUAAAUGGUUAGACUAGUAUUGCUGAGAGAAUUAAUCCUG